AUGUCUCACUCGGACAACCACAAAGCAAACCUGACAGACCCUGUGUCACGCCUAACAGCCCAGGCUAGCUACAAUGUCAUCUCCUUACCUACCGCCAAGCAGCAGUUUGUUGCUCUCACCAUCAAGAACAUCAAGAUCCGUAUCCGCGAUUUUGCCCAGACCAUCAAUGCGGUAUUCCAGCCUGUCUGGAUGGUGCUGGUUCUUGUCUUCCUUCACCUCUCUGCCAAGGGUCCCGCACAACACAUGUCGGCCAAGGCAUUGCCCUUCCUCUCCGACGACACCUGCGUCUCAACAACAGCAUGCACAUAUUUUGGAUACACAGGACUUCUAGCAACUGACCCCAUUAUCUCGGAACUCGCUGGAUUCUUCACCGCCUCAGAACCAAAGUCGGUCGUCCCCAAAUUCUACACCAAUGAGGCUGAAAUGACAGCUGCAUACGACGCCUCGCCAAGGAACUUUGUUGUCGGCGUUGUCUUUUACGGACCUUCGACCAACUUGACGACCCCUUCUGCUGCUGGAGGAUCUCCUGCUGAUCUGUACCAGUACACCAUCCUCGCCAACCAUACCUCUUACUCCAACUCUGAGUACCUCAACUCUCGCUUCGCCACCGCUCAGGUUUAUGUGGAGCGUGCGGCGAUCAACUUGCGUCGCAAGGCCAACGGAAAGCCAGGACUCUCGUCGCCUCUUCCCCUGAAGACCGAUCCCGGCACUGCGAACUCUGGAGUCGGCAGGACAUUUAUCUCGUGCGCCAACUUUGUUGGUUUGGGCUCGUCCAUCAACCAAGGAUUGAAUCCCUACUAUAUCAUCUUUUGUUUCCAGGCUGUCUGGGUUGGUGUUCUCAGUAUUCUUGUUGAAGAGAAGAAGAAGAAGAUUCGUAUGGCUAUGACCAUGAUGGGUAUGCACAGGGAUCCUUACCUGAUCUCUCUCUGGCUGAUGCAAAACAUUCAGAACCUGGCUACGUGUGCCCUGAUGGUCAUGAUCCUCUUUGUCGGCAAGAUCUUCACCAACACCAACGCCUUCAUUGUCUGGUUGAUCUUGGUCCUUUUCUCGUUCUCCUGCACAGCAUUUGGAACCAUUGCCUCUGUCAUGGUCGCCGACCCCAAGAAGAGCAACACUGCUUCGUUCAUGAUCUUGAUCUGGACCGUCGGCUCCUUUGGUAUCUGCAUGGCGCUCGUCUUUGGAGGCGGCAAGAUUAUUGAUCCUACCACCGAGACUCUCCUAUUCUUGCUUCCCUCUGUCGCCAUUGGUCGUGCCAUCAGCUAUAUCUCCGACGUCGAGGCCGCAUUGGGUGGUGUCACCUUUGGCAACUUGUCCGCUGGACCUUGUGGCAAGGCUUUAUGGAUGUUGGCUAUCGACGCCGUUCUGUUCUCCUUCAUCGCCUGGUACCUUGAUGCAGUCUUCCCUGGAGAGUUUGGAAAUGCCCUGCCCUUCGACUUUUUCUUGCGUCCCAGCUACUGGGGCUUUGGACAGUAUCGUAAUGCCGCUGAAAUCCUCCCUCACGAUUUCCAGCGCUCCACCGAGACUCUCGAUCCUGUUAGAGCACCUGCCGCCAAGGAGUACUCGGAUAUGUUUGAGCAGGUCGAUAUCUCUCACAUCCCCGUCGAGGAUCGCAGCAUCAUCGUUGCCAGAGGCAUCCGCAAGGUGUACUCGACUGGACCUGGCUGGGCCUACAGCAUCCCUCUCUAUGGCUUGUUUGUUCGUUUGUUCUACCCUCCAAAGUCCGAGCGCAAGACUGGUCCUUUUUCAGGCGUUCAGCACCAGGAGGUCGUCAAGGGUUUGGAUCUUGAGGUCCACAAGAACGAGAUUCUCGGAUUCCUUGGUCAUAACGGUGCCGGAAAAACCACCUCUCUGUCGAUUAUCAUGGGUAUGGUAAAGCCCUCUUCCGGGUCUGUCGUCGUCAAUGGACACUUGAUGCCUGGAAGUGAUGCCGCUGGUGGUCGCAAGGUAGACAUGCGUACUUUGACCGAGGUACAGAAGCAGAUGGGUGUCUGCCCUCAGCACGAUGUCCUCUUCGAAAACCUUUCUGCCUGGGAGACUGUUCAGCUCUAUGCGACCAUCAAGGGUGUCAAGGUCCUGGGCCGCACCAACGCUGGUUCUGCCGAUGGAUCUUCCAACGGCUCUCGGUCACCUCAGCAGCUGUUGGACGAGUACCUCGAUCACCUUUUGGAGGACGUCUACCUCAAGGAAAAAAAGCACGAGCGUGUCGCCACCUUUUCGGGAGGAAUGAAGCGCAAGCUCUCGGUCGCCCUUGCUUUCCUCGGUGACCCCAAGGUUGUCUUGCUCGAUGAGCCUACCACCGGUAUGGAUGUCUUUACUCGCAAGCAGGUCUGGCAGCUGAUGCAGGACUCGAAGGCUGGACGUGCCAUCCUGUUGACGACCCACUCGAUGGAGGAGGCUGAUGCUCUGGGUGACCGUAUUAUGAUCUUGUCGGACGGUCAGUUGCAGACCAUGGGCAGCUCCUUGUUCUUGAAGAACCGCUUUGGACUGGGGUACCGUCUGAGUCUCGAGAAGCGCCGUGUCAUGUUGGCGGACCAGCGCCAUGCCAAACAGAAGCAGAACCACUACCACAACAACGAAAUCCAGGCAACGAAUUACUUGGACGAGGAUCGUCAUGAAGUCAACACGACCCUGUUUGAUGAGGAGCGUGCGACGGCGAUUGUUCAACAGCAUUUCCCUGAUGCGACGAUAGAUGUCAACACCGCGACGGAUAUUACGUAUGUCUUGCCCACGACUGGUACGGUUGAGCAGCGGAAUGGGCGGAGUGCUCAGGAGUACAUCCAGGACAAGAAGGCGGCUCUCCCUGGUCUGUUUGCCCAUCUGGACAGCGAGAUUGCGGCCAACCAAUUGGGCGUCAAGAGUGUCGGACUUUCGUUGACGACGCUGGAGGAGGUCUUUGUUAGUCUUCAAGAGCAAGAGGAGGCUGAAAAGCUCGCCAAGGAGGAAGCCGAGAACAACAACACCGACACCGAGUGA